AGAGCGUCAGACGAGUCAAGAUGCUCUCACAAGCUCUUUAUCAAUACCGAUGAACGGCUUUAUCGUCACUGACGGCACAGAGCUUAUAGAACCACAAGCUGCUUGUGCUGUAAAGAAUUUCAUUUUUUAAAACAGGAUUUACCUUGAUGCAUUUUACUUGGGAAGCAGGCACUUAGCAAUACUUUUUUUUUUUACUUGGAUAUACUUUGAAAUACCCAUGGAUUUCUUAAACGAUAGUAAUUUUUCCCUCGGAGACACUAAUACAACAACAUCAACAACAGCUGUAGAUGGGGCUCUUCACUGCAGUGCCAUCCUCCCCGUCAUCUUUGGAGUCAUCUGCUUUCUGGGUAUCAUGGGGAACUGUAUUGUCAUCUACACCAUAAUGAAAAAGACCAAGUGCUGUGCCAAGCAAACUGUUCCAGACAUAUUUAUCUUAAAUUUGUCAAUUGUUGAUCUCCUGUUCCUCCUUGGUAUGCCAUUCCUCAUCCACCAGCUGCUGGGCAACGGCACCUGGCACUUUGGAGCUGAAAUGUGUAGAGUCAUCACUGCGCUUGACUCCAAUAGCCAGAUUGUCAGUACUUACAUCCUCACUGCAAUGACCCUCGACCGUUACUUGGCUACGGUCCAUCCCAUCCGCUUCAACUACAUCCGCACACCUUGUGUGGCAGCGCUGGUCAUUGGCCUGGUGUGGGGUCUGUCCUUACUCACCAUCAUCCCUGUGUGGAUGUAUGCAGGCCUGAUGGCUCUACCUGAUGGCCUGGUGGCCUGUGCUCUCCUUCUGCCUGACGCAGUCACUGACAUAUACUGGUUUACACUUUACCAGUUCUUCUUGGCCUUUGCUAUACCUUUGGCCAUCAUCUGCCUGGUGUUCUUCAAGAUCCUCCAGCACAUGUCCGCCAGCGUUGCACCACUGCCUCCGUGGAGUUUGAGGGUGCGCACCAGAAAGGUGACCCGGAUGGCAGUGGCUAUCUGCCUGGCUUUUUUCAUCUGUUGGGCCCCUUACUACAUCCUUCAGCUGAUCCAUCUAGGGGUGCAGAAGCCAAGCAUAGCUUUCUCCUAUGCCUACAACAUAGCUAUUAGCAUGGGAUAUGCUAACAGUUGCAUCAACCCAUUCCUCUACAUUAUCCUUAGUGAGACCUUCAAGAGUCAGUUUCUCAGGGCUGUACGCCCAGUUAACAGAAAGUUCCGUGUGAACCCGAGCACCACAGAGGGUGGCAGUGUGAGUGUGAGAAUGGUACCUGAAGGGGCUCAGCAGGAGCCAGCCUCUCGGGAGAUGAUACCAUCCAACAUGGCCCCACAAUAAAGAAUCCAAAUAACGUGCAACUGUGGAUCUUUGCAGCUGGUAAGAACUAUGAAUGGGACGUUAUCAUCAAGAACACAUCGGGUUUUUCCUGCAUAGAGGAAUUUUUGGUGCCCCCCAAAGAGCUUUAAGCCAGCCCUAAAGGAAAAUCACUUUUUUUUUAUUCACAAAAAUUGAGAAUAAAAAUAGCAAUUCAAAUCUUCUCUAAAUGUGUUUAAGAGCAAUUUAUUAAACAACCGUUAAACAGGCAGAACACAAACUUGAAUAUAAGAGCUAAUCUCAGUUUUAUCUCCAGAGUAAGGCUGUACCAGACUCUCUUAAAUAUUAAUAUUAUUUUUUUUUUUUAUUUUUUUAACCAGUUUUGUUAUU